AUGCACCUGAAUUGGGUGUUCCUUUUGGUAGCCUCACUCGCCAGCCUAGCAGCUUGUCAAAGAGGGCCACUCACUUCGCCCCCCCGUGAGCCCGCGAGAUUCGUCCACCCCCCGCCAUUCGGCUUAUUCGAUGACGGGCUUCAAGUUUUCACCAACAACGAUCGCUACAGACACGGUGAGACCAUCAGGGUCAAGCUUUCGGGUGGUUCAACCGUUGCAAACGUGACUGCCGUGCAGGUGAAUCCCGCGGAAGGUAACAUUGGGCCAAAAGCGGACACGCUGCAAUUGACAAAGAAAGCAAAUACCUAUUCCUGGACGGCUCAGUAUGACAUCAACAACUAUCUGAAGAAUGGUGAAGACGCUGUUUACAGGUUCCAAUUCCAAGUAAGGGAAUUGUUCGGAAGGCCAGUAUAUGAAAAGUCCGCAUACUUCAAUGUCAGUAUGCCGGAUAGUUCCAAGAAACACCUCCCCGCGGCUUCAGGAACAACAAGCUUGGUACGAAAAUCACCCACCUCGCAAUCUACCAAAAAGCCCCAACCUGACUCUACAGCCACUGCGAAACCCUCCCGCAAAGACCGCAAAACCCGCAAAAAAGUCAAACCGAGCAAAAAGUCUGGGUUGACAGGUCCUCAGGUGGCAGGCAUCGCCAUCGGCGCUGUGGCUGGCUUUGUCCUCAUGCUGCUCGGUUUCUGCUGGGGGUAUAACUGGAUGAGAGUGGCAAGGCAGCUACAAAAGUCGCACGAGUUUGAGCUCAGAAACAUGGAACGCGAGGUGCGCACCUUGAAGGACACGGUAUCGAAACUCAGCUCUUGA